UCCCGCACUUGCACAACGGCUGGCAGGUGGACCAGGCCAUCCUUUCGGAAGAAGACCGGGUGGUCGUCAUCCGGUUCGGGCACGAUUGGGACCCUACGUGCAUGAAAAUGGACGAGGUUCUGUACAGCAUCGCGGAGAAGAAAUGGCAGAUAAUGGGGGAUCUUCCUCAUCUUGUUACGAGCCCUGUUUGGAUAUCCCAGCUGUUUUAAAGUUAAAAAUUUUGCGGUUAUUUAUCUUGUGGAUAUUACAGAAGUACCUGAUUUCAACAAAAUGUAUGAGUUAUACGAUCCAUGUACUGUCAUGUUUUUCUUCAGGAACAAGCACAUCAUGAUUGACCUGGGCACUGGCAACAACAACAAGAUCAACUGGGCCAUGGAGGACAAGCAGGAGAUGAUCGAUAUCAUUGAGACCGUGUACCGGGGCGCCCGCAAAGGCCGUGGCCUGGUCGUGUCCCCGAAGGACUACUCUACGAAGUACCGAUACUGAGUGCCUGUCCCCAGGCGUGGGGGUUUACCCAGGGAGUCACUUUCACGUGGAGACACUGUGGACUCUGAAGCCUUUGAGGAGGAGUCUGGGGAGGGACAGGAGGGCUGCACAGCCUCAAGCUGGCGUUGGCCUGGCUACUGUACUUUUAUAUUCGCAAAUAUCUGUAAAUAUCUAGCUGAACUAAACAAAUACACAAUCAUGGGAAAGUC